CGCAUCUGCUGCGUAGAUGGAGCGAUUGUAGCUAGCUGCGAUCACGCUAAAAUUAUUUUCUCCCGGUAUUAUAUACAAAAUUGCGUCUGCUGUUUUGAAACGGAAUAAAAUGAGCACGAUUGUGGCAGCAGGUAUUGGCCUGGCGGCUGUUGGGUUUGCGGGUCGUUAUUUGUUCAGAAGAAUGCCGAAUUUAUCACAGAGAAUGGCAGAGACAGUGAAGAAGCUAGAUUCCCAGUCACUAGCAAACAACAAGUAUUACAAGGGUGGUUUCGAACCAAAGAUGACCAGGCGGGAAGCCAGUCUGAUCUUGGGUGUGUCGCCCACGGCUAGUAAGAUCAAAGUAAAGGAACAAUUUAAAAAGGUAAUGGUCGUGAAUCAUCCAGAUCGCGGUGGUUCCCCAUACAUCGCCGCAAAAAUUAACGAGGCAAAGGAUUUGCUUGAGAAAUAAUGAUUAAAAAUGUAGCGUGCUUGUAAUAUAUAUCUGUAAUGUAUUUAGGAACGAAAUUUCAAUGUACAUAAUUAUAAUUUUAAUCGUAUACAUUAUUCUAUGAUAAAUAUAAUCUAUUUUUGAAGUUGUAUAUUAGAACAAUUUUUUGUUUUUAAAUAUAUUUUUACCAGACGGAUUGUUUGUGCAUAAACAGAAACCGCAUGUACAUGUAAAUUCAGGAUUUAAUUAAAAUGAAAUACCACAAGGAUAACUA